UACUCUGCGUUCAUUUCCAGGAGCGCUCUGGAGCGGUUUCCCCUUCAUUCACCCCCAACAGGUGGAUUAAGUCGAUCAGGGAAGCAUAUCGGUGGAAAUUACCCCGGGGUCUAGAUGUUGCACAACUAGGUUUGAUCUACCCUUGAAACUCGUUGCUCUUUUCCCUAUUUUUUUUCUUCUUCUUCCUCUUCUUGGUUUGCGCGGUGAGCUGAAUGCGGUGUUUUGACGCGCAUUGAUACCGAAUGGAAAUGAAAAUGCUCUGGAUCAGGACGCAUUCAGAAGUGCGGUAAAGUGUCCAGAAAAGAGUGGAGGAUGCAGACUGAAGCAGGAUAAACAGGAUAAAGACGAAGUGGCACAAAAAUACCAACAAGGAGGCGCUUCUUAUAAAUCAACAGCGGCACAUCUGCACUGCAUUGAAGAAGUUGAGGAGAACUGUUUUAUGAUUUUUCUCUAAAGAAGAAAAUGUAUCUUCUUGGCAAAAGUCCGGAUGCUCAACAACCUAAAGUGUGAAGUCCCUCAGACUGUCAGCAGCUGUAGCAGUGUUAGCAGGUUGCCUGUAAGCUGAAGCCUAGGGAGAUGUCACAGCUGUAUUACCGGAGGACUGACAGCUCUUCAUAUCGGGACCGCAUCCCGUUGCGAAUUGUGCGGGCAGAGUCGGAGCUGUCGCCUUUAGAAAAAACCUACCUAGGAGCUGUGGAGAAGGGGGACUACGCCAGUGUCAAACAAGCCCUGGAGGAGGCAGAGAUCUACUUCAAGAUCAACAUCAACUGUAUUGACCCCCUCGGCCGCACGGCUCUGCUCAUUGCCAUUGAGAAUGAGAAUCUGGAAAUUAUUGAGCUCUUGCUGAGUUUCAAUGUCUACGUUGGCGAUGCCCUGCUUCACGCUAUCCGCAAGGAAGUGGUGGGAGCUGUGGAGCUGCUGCUAAAUCAUAAGAAACCUAGUGGUGGUAUGCAGGUCCCCCCUAUCUUAUUGGACAAGCAGUUUUCUGACUUCACCCCUGACAUCACUCCCAUCAUCCUUGCUGCUCACACCAAUAACUAUGAAAUUAUCAAGCUUCUGGUGCAGAAAGGUGUGUCUAUGCCACAGCCACAUGAGGUGCGCUGCAACUGCGUGGAGUGUGUGUCUAGUUCAGACGUGGACAGCCUACGGCACUCUCGGUCUCGCCUCAACAUCUACAAAGCACUGUCGAGUCCCUCUCUAAUUGCGCUCUCCAGCGAAGAUCCCUUUCUCACUGCAUUCAGGCUCAGCUGGGAGCUGCAGGAGCUCAGCAAGGUAGAGAAUGAGUUCAAAUCCGAGUAUGAGGAGCUAUCUCAGCAGUGUAAACAGUUUGCUAAAGACCUCCUGGACCAAACGAGGAGCUCCAGAGAGCUGGAAAUGGUUCUUAACUACCGGGACAAUGCCAACUUACUGGAAGAGGAGGGUAACAAUGACCUUGCAAGACUCAAACUAGCAAUCAAGUACCAUCAAAAGGAGUUCGUGGCUCAGCCAAACUGUCAGCAGCUACUUGCAUCCCGGUGGUAUGAUGAGUUUCCAGGGUGGAGGCGACGCCACUGGGCAGGAAAAUUCAUCACCUGUGUGUUUAUCGGCCUCCUCUACCCUGUUUUUGCCCUCUGUUACCUCAUCGCUCCCAAGAGUCGCUAUGGCCUCUUUAUCCGCAAACCCUUCAUGAAGUUUAUCUGCCACACUGCAUCGUACCUGACCUUUCUGUUCCUGCUGCUGCUCGCCUCCCAGCACAUUGUCACCACAGAACAAGAUAGGCAGGACCGACAGGGCCCUCCACCUACUACUGUGGAGUGGAUGAUACUACCAUGGGUGCUAGGAUUUAUUUGGGCAGAGAUAAAGCAAAUGUGGGAUGGUGGUUUCCAGGACUAUGUUCAUGACUGGUGGAACCUGAUGGACUUUGUCAUGAACUCUCUUUAUUUGGCCACUAUAUCUCUCAAGAUUGUAGCGUACACCAAGUACAGUGGUAAUAAACCAAGGAACCAAUGGGAAAUGUGGCACCCCACUUUAGUAGCUGAGGCAGUGUUUGCCAUUGCAAACAUAUUUAGUUCCCUGCGUCUCAUCUCUCUCUUCACUGCUAAUUCCCACUUGGGACCUCUGCAGAUCUCACUUGGACGAAUGCUGCUGGAUAUUCUGAAGUUCCUUUUUAUUUACUGUUUGGUUCUUUUGGCAUUUGCAAAUGGUCUUAAUCAGCUCUACUUUUACUAUGAGACAAAGGCUUCAGAAGAGAAAGGGAAAUGCAAGGGGAUCCGCUGUGUAGAGCAGAACAACGCUUUUUCCACGUUAUUUGAGACCCUGCAAUCACUUUUCUGGUCUAUAUUUGGACUGAUCAGCCUCUAUGUGACCAAUGUGGAUCCAGACCACCAGUUCACUGAAUUCGUCGGAGCCACCAUGUUUGGCACAUACAACAUCAUUUCUCUGGUGGUGCUCCUCAACAUGCUCAUAGCCAUGAUGAACAACUCCUACCAGCACAUUGCUGACCAUGCAGAUAUCGAGUGGAAAUUUGCCAGGACAAAGCUGUGGAUGAGUUACUUUGAGGAGGGGGCCACCGUUCCACCCCCUUUCAACAUUAUUCCGAGCCCCAAAACAUUCUGGUACCUGAUGUGUUGGAUUAAGAGACAAGUUUGUAAGAGGACACUGACUAAGAGAACCGAAAGCUUUGGGACACUUGGAAGACGAGCAGCAGAGAAUGUGAGGAUAAACCAUCAAUAUCAGGAGGUAUUAAGGAACCUGGUGAAACGUUAUGUGGCUGCAAUGAUCAGAGAUGCUAAAACAGAGGAAGGCCUGACUGAGGACAACUUCAAGGAGUUGAAGCAAGAUAUUUCCAGCUUCCGAUAUGAGGUAAUGGGCAUGAUGAAGACAGGAAAGCCUGCUCUACAGGGUGCAAUGGCCAGUUGCAGUUCAGUGGAAUCCAGUCUUGCUUAUCCUAAUUCUUCUCUCAAGAUCUCUGCUGGCCUUCCAGCCAGUCAGGGAAAAGGCAAGCUCAACCGAUUCAAGAUCGCUGCAUCCAUCCUCAAACAAGCCAGUUCUCUAGCUUCACCCAGGACCUCUGAAGCAUCCAACGGUCUUCUUAAUGGGCUAUUGGCCUCAGAUGAGGGCUGCAGCGGACCUUCGAGCCAACUGAGAAAUUGCUCCAAAGAUAUUAGUGAAUUCGCUUUGUUCCAGAAACGUCACUGGAGCAGUAAAGAAGUCCCUUCGGGCUCAGGGGACGUUUUGAGAGAAAUGUACUCUCUGUCAGAGGAAGCCGGGGAGUCAGAGAGCUCAGACAUAGAGGAGCAGAGCAAAGAAAUUACCACUAAGACUGAAGAAGAAACACUGGUGAAUAAACUGGGGGAAGAGUUUCCAGAAAACAAAAAAGAGUUAAAAAUUAACAACAGCCUCGAAUGUGAAGAUAAAGAAACUGGGGACAAGGAAAAAAAUCCAGGCUCCCCAAGAAAGGAUGGAUAAGACGUGAAGAUGCUUACAGUACCUUGCAAAAGCAUUCAAAUCCCAUCAAUUCUUUCAUGCAAGAGUUGCUAAGCUGUACAUUUUAUUAAGAUCUUAUAUGAUAAACAUACACACUCACAUAAAUGAAGGCCAAAUAGAACAUCUAAUCUGAAAGACCUGGCAAAGAGAGCAUUCACCAGACAGGUAGCCAAGAUCAGCUGCAGAGAUCCACGAUUCAGGUGGGAGAACCUGUUGACAAAUGCAUUGCGGAGAGAUAUUAAUAAAAACUCCUAUUUUAAGUUUACAACAAACACAUGUAACUUUUUGUCCUAUAUAUACUGUGCAAACAUGUAUGUGUCAUUGAAAACUAGCAAUGCACAUCAUCCCCUAUACAAACUCAAUACACUAUCAUGCUGUUAGGGGGGUUCUCUUCAGCUGGAACUUCUGGCACCACUUCACAAUAUGUAGGUCUAACCCUAAACGAAAUAUGUUUGAAGUUGAAAUGUGAAAUGUACAUAAAAAUCAGGGGGUAUGAAUUUUUUUGCAAGGAAUUGUAUUAAGAACUACAGGCCAAGUUGUUCUGGAGAUAAAAGGACUGACAAUCAGAGCGGGAUUCAGAACAGAAUUGUUUGCCAUGACUUUUGCCAAAUCUGACUUUUCCCGGUUGUUGCUGAAUAUACGAUUAACUUCGGAGACUCAAAGGGGCCAUUGUUUUAAGAGAUUUAGAUCAGCACACUUUACUUAAGUAAAGGUGACUGAAAACCUUUUUCGCACUGCAAGGAUUAUCGUGCCAAUCGGAUCAUUUCAUCUUAUCUGAUCCUUACAGAUGAUUGAAAAAUAGUUGGUUCCCAAAACAAACCAUACCCCUUUUAAUCCAACUUUAUUUCCCUUGUCCUUAUCAGAAAUGUGCAAUUUGUUCAAACUAUCCUGUUUGCCCUCUCCUUAUACAAUCUCUCUACCUCUUUUCCUUUUUCCCUUAUCUCUGCACCACCUCCCUGCAUUCUUAUCUCAUUAGAGCAAUAGACGUCUUUUUAACCUGACUUUCUGCCUUACACUGUCUGUUUCUGCACUUUACACAGUUUAAAAUGGCAUUCAGUUCACGGAUGUGUCAAGCUCUUAUCAUUCACAUACACUGUUGAUGUUUUUCUAUGCAAAAACCUUUUAUUGUUAUUCAUGUCAUGAGCUGACUUCUGUGGUGCCAGUUCAUCCAUAGUAUUUUUUCUGAUGUAGGAAAUAAGAAAUGUGAACUCAGCCUAUCAGCCAUUUUAGGCAACACAUUUUCCAUUUCUCAUCACUCCAGUAGAAAAGUAACUUAUUAUUUUGAUAGGAAAUUUUUUUAAGAUGUACUGUUAGUUGACAUCAAUGGAAAUCA